AUGUCAGCUCAAACAACAUAUCCAAAGAGAAGUUUGGAAGUAGUUCCAUUUAGUUAUCAACUUGAAUUUAUUGAUAAAGUUGUUUCAAACCCAAUAAAAUCUCAGCAUCAAUCUUUCAACAGAUAUCAUAACAAUAACAACCAUCAUCACCAGCAUCCUCAUCCACAUCUGCAUCUGCAUCAGAAUCAGAAUCAUAAUCAGCAUCAACAGUAUCAACAAUACUUGCAACAGCAACAACAAAACAAAUAUACUUUAGCAGCUGUGGCAGCUGCUGCUGCAUUGCAACAGCAACAACAACAAACAUUCUUGUUACAACAACAAGCUCAACAAGCCGCAUUGGCUCAAAAGAAACAACAGCAGCAACAGCAGCAACAACAACAACAACAACAACAGCAACAACAACAGCAAACACAGAAUCAACAUCAACAUUCGCAACUGUUUGUUAAUUAUACUUCUCAAUCUCCUCAAGUUUUUGCUCUGCCUACACCUCCGCAAGUUUUUGGUGAUGUUCCAACAGAUAAAUCCAUGGCCAAUUCUUCAAUGUUUAGCACUCUGAGCCAACCAUUAAAUGGUGGUAAUAUUGAUUUGAAAACAAGCUUUAUGAUGUUUAAUAAUAGUACCAAUUCGAUUCCUUCACCAACCAACAGUCAUUAUGGUGGUGGUGGUGGUAGUGGUAGUGGUAAACAAACUUCAACUUCAUCUCAAUCUUCUGCAGCCACUGGUUUCACUACAAAAUUAUUUGAUAAUUCCGUGGGUUCAAAUAGUAAUUCACCUAUUUUAUUACCACCAAAUGCCAAUAGAAAUCCAUCACCUCCAAAUUUGUUUUUAUCUACCAAUAAUAAUAAAAUUAACAAUAAUGGAUCACCAUUGAUGGGUGCUUCUAUGACUCCAACAAGUACAAGUUUUUUAAAUAAUUCACCAUCUUUGGUAACAACUGGUCCUAUUUCUUCAAAUACAUGGAAUAUUGGUGUAUCGACACCUACUAGUGGUUCAAUUUGGGGGAAUAAAUCUUCUGGAACUUCAACAACUUUGACUGCUACACCAAUUGCAAAAACUAGUAGUAAUAUCAUGUCUAGUUUUAAUGGUUCAAACUUGUGGUAG